AUGGCACCACCACCGGUACCGCUACCAAUUGCAGCACUGCCGCCACCAGCACUUCUACCGGACCCAGUGCCAGAUCCACCUCCCGAAGUAGCGCCCGAAGCCGUAUAUAUACCUGAGCUACCACUCGCGGAACUACCAGCAGCACAGCCUAUGGAGACACCGGAUCAAAGUGUGGAUGAGGUGGGAAAGAAAACGACAGAGUCAACUCCGAUUCCCAAUGCGGAAGAACCUAAUCCGAAGCCCAUUGAGUUCUCACCGAUAGACAACGUGGAAGACACAACAGGCAACACGCCAGAAACGGUGAAGGACGAGUCGCAAGCAAAAAGAACGUCUUUUACUGAAAGAUUGGCGAUAAUGGUCGGAAUGAAAUCGAGAGACGCAGCAGUGGAGGAGACGAAAGCCGAGAAAGGCAAAAUAUUCGGAACAGUUUCCACGAGAACGAUAGACACCGACCAAAACGAAGAUCAGAUCAGACCGGGAACAGCGACCAACAACAGGACAACCUGUCCCAACAACUGUCCCGACAACAGGACAACAACGGACCAUGGAACAGCUACUCUUGAGCUAGGUGAUUUGAUGGCGAAGCUAGAUCAGAUAGACGAGAAACUGAAGCACAGCGAAGAGGAUAGAGAUGAGAUAAGGAAGGAAAUAAGAAACAACAAAUAUGAAUACCUGGACAGCUAUUUCCAUCUAGCGAGAGCAACAGAGGAAAAGCUUCAGCAGAUGUCGGACAAAAUAGACACCACCGAUGAAGAGCGAGACAAAAACAUCAGAAAGACACCGGAUCAAAGUGUGGAUGAGGUGGGAAAGAAAACGACAGAGUCAACUCCGAUGCCCACUGCGGAAGAACCUAAUCCGAAGCCCAUAGAGUUCUCACCGAUAGACAACGUGGAAGACACAACAGGCAACACGCCAGAAAUGGUGAAGGACGAGUCUCAAGCAAAAAGAACGUCUUUCACUGAAAGAUUGGCGAUAAUGGUCGGAAUGAAAUCGAGAGACGCAGCAGUGGAAGAGACGAAAGCCGAGAAAGGCAAAAUAUUCGGAACAGUUUCCACGAGAACGAUAGACACCGACCAAAACGAAGAUCAGAUCAGACCGGGAACAGCGACCAACAACAGGACAACCUGUCCCGACAACAGGACAACAACGGACCAAGGAACAGCUACUCUUGAGCUAGCGAGAGCAACAGAGGAAAAGCUUCAGCAGAUGUCGGACAAAAUAGACACCACUGAUGAAGAGCGAGACAAGAACAUCAGAAAAGACAUGCGAGAAAUGAAGCAGCGAUAUGACGCAAAGAAUAGCCAGUAG